AAGUGGUUCCGGGUCCCGCGGCUCGGGCGCAGAGAGCCCUGAGCGGCUGCCCUGGCAGGCGGCCGCCGACACCGGGCGAAGCCUGAGGCGCCGCGGAGGAGGCGGCGUCGUGCGUGCCGGUGGGAAAGUGGAUAGUGGCUCAUGGACUCGAUGAUGGUGAGAUCACGCUCUCGAUCCCCCAGAUGGACACCCAGGUCAAUAUCACCUGUACCGAGAAACUCUGAACACUACAAGCAGAGAUAUCCUUACGGACAUUAUACUGAUGAAUAUAGGAAGGAACCAAAAAGAUCUGUAGCUUGGAGAAUGGAUGAUGAAAAAUAUGGGCAGAGUAAAUCAAGAAAUCCUCGUGGAAAUAUACCUUACCGGUCAUAUGAAAGCAGGUCGCCUUCUCCAAGUGGUAGGAGAGACUGUGUCGACAGUGUCUAUGAUUAUAAGCCUUACGGAGCGUAUUCGCCAGUAAGAGGGGACAGUAACAGACGAUCCCAGUACAUGCCAAAGUACUCAGAAGGCACAUCUUACAAAGAAUACCCGAGAAGCAGCUAUUCGCAGAACGUGCCAGGAAGGCAUAUUCCCAGUGACCACAGAAUGAGAGGAAGUGGCAAAGGAGGAAGAAAAUCGCCUCAGAGGGCCAGUUCUCCUAGAUUUGAAAGAAAAUGGCAUGAUGAAGAGUCGAGGCACCCGAGGAUCCAAGAUGAAAAAUAUUCUCAGUCAUUUAGAAGAGGCUUUGAAGACUUUCCUGAGAAAAGGAGCACUUACCAGAAGCGGUAUCCCCAGGAACGUGAUUUUAGAAAAUACGAACAUGUGCCAGAGAGACCGAAGUACCCUGAGAGAUAUGAAAACAGAGAGUCUGCCCGAGCCUCGCAAUGGAAGCCUGGGCAUUCUCCACACCGAGAGAAGAGAGUGCAGUGGAACCUGGGGCCGCACAUUCACCGCUAUUCGCAGUGGGAGCCACUGGAGAGCAGCUCAGCAACGAAGACACCCUCUGACUCUCACCACAAACGGCACAAGGUUUCCGAGGGGGACCAGGACUCUUUUGAUGGAAGAAUUCAAAAGUGCUCCAAGGCAGAUGAUCGAAAACACGCUUCUCCCAGAAGCCCCACUAAUAGAGAGUCCAGUGGCUUCAGUCCUGCAAGAGGGAGAGAGACUGAUAGUGAGCAAGUCAAAGAGGCAGGUAAAGCACCUAAGAAAGACAGCUCUACCUCUUCUUUCCCGGAAAAAAGUGACAAUGGUGCGAAACCCUGCCAUGAUAAGAAGGAGCACGGCGCCAAGGAAGGCGGGGAUGGAGGCAAGGAGGGCAGCUCCUCCAGUAAGCAGUUCAGUGAGAAAAAAAGUGCCGCCAAUGAGAAAUCAUCCUCUGUCCACCUCAGGAAGAAAUCAUUUACAAUUAAGGUCGACAUGACGAAAGUGUUAGAGCCACUCAGGCAAACUGAGGACUUUGAUCCAGGUGAACAUCUUGCCUCAACUGAGAAUACUGAAAACAGAUCUUCAGGAGAAUUUGCACAGGAAAUCAUAACUCUGAUUCAUCAAGUCAAAGCAAAUUAUUUCCCAUCACCUGGCAUUAGUUUGCACGAGCGGUUCUCAAAAAGACCAGCCAAACGAGAUGCAAACGUAGCUACUUUGAGCUCAGAUCCAGAAAUUCACAGGAGAAUAGAUAUGUCUCUGACUGACCUUCAGAGUAAGCAAACAAACAAACACACUGUGCUAUAUGAAUCAGAGGAGACUGUGGUCAAAAUAAUCGAUGCAAAUGACCUACGACAUGACAUUGAACGAAGGAGGAAAGAACGUUUGCAGAAUGAAGAUGGUUACGUAUUUUGCAUAAAUAAUGCUGCAGACAGGAAUGGUCAGCAUUUCAAUUUUUCACCGUUGAAUACUCGAGAUGAUGCUGAGGCCCAAAAGCCUACACAUUAUAUAAAGCCAAGUUUUAGAAAAUUUAUUCAGAAAUCUGAAGUGAAUGUUGCUCAGGAGAGUGACGCUGCUGCUUACAAAUCAUUUGAAGACAAGGAAAAGAAUAAAAAUAGACCAGGUGCAAAGAAACCUCCCAAGACCAACUUUAGAGGUGGCAGGUUCCAGCCCUAUUUUAAAUCAAACCUAGUGCAGAAGAGUCUGUACAUUCAGGCUAAAUAUCAGCGCUUACGGUUCGCUGGUCCAAGGGGAUUUAUGACUAAUAAAUUCAGACAGAGAUUACUGAGGAAUAAAAAGGAAAGCAAAAGCAAUGCCUCAGAAAAAUGAUGUGGAAUUGUUACCGGUGGAAGAGACACUACGGGAGGGUAUUUGGGAGCAGUUCUUUUUGUCAGGAGUUAGAAUAUACAUCAGAGCACUAAUGCUCUAACUCUCGAAAACUUAAUUUUUCCGUAGUCAAUGCUGCAACUUUAAAAACCUUAACGAUUGUUGUAAAAUUGUGGUAUUCAAUCUAAAAGUUGUAUUAACUAUAGUGUCUUUUGCAAACCAUCUCAAAAGGGCGUUAUUUGUUGCUGCAUUUUUCUCUGAGCAUGGUUUCAUAGAGAAAAUUGAGUUAUUUCCAGACGUUUAUAUGUUGAAAGUUUUGCAUAUGUAAUGAAACAAAAACAAAAGUAUCUGAAUUGUAUAGUGUCUGUACAUGAAAGAACUUUAUACAGUGGCCUUACGAUAGAAAAUUUUAUACCAAGUUUUUUCUUUAUCUGAUGACGUUUUGGCUUAUAACUUUGAAGUUUUCUUACGUUUCUGAAGGUCAAGGCCUACAUGAUUCAUACACUUCGUAUUGUAAGAAGGUAAACGAAAGGUGCUUUAAAAUUCCAUCAGGUAGUUGUGAGUGCACUGAAUUUUUAGUAAUUGGUUCGUUCAGGUUUUUCCACAACAAUUUGCUCUUUUCCAGUUUCAAAAGGCUAGUAUGGAAAAAAAAUGUAGAUUUUGUAAUCUGUAUUCCAUCUUCCUUUCCCUCAGGGCAAGCUUGUGCAUAUCGUAUUUUUAAAGGCUUUUUAAAAUGGACAAACAAAAAUUGCGUUUGGAAAUUGUACUUUACUACUAUAGCAUCACACAUUUUGCAAGCAAAUAUUACAGCAGGUUUUUCAGCUUGGUUGAUAUGCAUUGACCUACUUUGUGUAAGAUAGAGCUGAUUGGACUUCAAAUGAACUUUUACGUUCUAAUAUCUUAUUUCUCUGUUUUCUGUGUUCUGCUUAUGUAUGCAUUCACAAUUACAUUUUUGUGAAUUGUUCAUUUGUAUUAAAAUGUUGUUCUUUCUGCUUGAAGAAA